GGGGGCAGCCCUUUCCCAGUCGGUAGCGGGGGCGGUGUCGCUGUUGCCCUUUUAAGCCGCGGGGCCGCGGUCCCCUGCCGGCAGAGUCAGUUACAAAGAGAGCAGCCGCUCCGGCCGCCCGCUACACAGUUGCUGGCCGAGGCCUCGGUGUCCCUAGCCAUUUUCAGCCGCCAUCCCACGCGGGCCUCGGCGGCGGGGAGAGGCGGAGCCGCAAGAGCGCGGUCCCGGACCGGCCCUGCGGGGCGGUCGCGGCCGUGACGGCGGCCCCGGGCCCGGCUCCCCUUUCGCACCCCUCCUGCCGGAGAUGAGGGGAAGAUGUCCGUGUCAGGGCUUAAGGCAGAGCUGAAGUUCCUGGCGUCCAUCUUCGAUAAGAACCACGAGCGAUUCCGCAUCGUCAGCUGGAAGCUGGACGAGCUCCAUUGCCAGUUCCUGCUGCCGCCUGCGGCACCGCCCGGCAGCCUACACUCGCCGCCGCCGCCGCUCACACUCCAUUGCAACAUCACGGAAUCUUACCCGUCUUCUUCACCAAUAUGGUUUGUGGACUCCGAUGACCCAAAUCUGACAUCAGUGCUGGAACGUCUAGAAGACACUAAGAACAACAAUUCGCUUCGUCAGCAAUUGAAGUGGUUGAUAUGUGAACUCUGCAGAUUAUAUAACCUUCCUAAGCUCCUGGAUGUUGAGAUGCUAGAUCAACCAAUACCCACGGGUCAGAAUGGGACAACAGAAGAAGUAACUUCAGAAGAAGAGGAAGAGGAAGAGAUGGCUGAAGAUAUAGAAGACUUAGAUCACUAUGAGAUGAAGGAAGAAGAGCCUAUUAGUGGAAAAAAGUCAGAGGAUGAAGGAAUUGAAAAAGAAAAUUUGGCAAUAUUAGAGAAAAUUAGGAAGACCCAAAGGCAAGACCAUCUCAAUGGUGCAGUAUCUGGGUCUGUGCAAGCUUCAGAUAGGCUUAUGAAAGAGCUCAGGGACAUAUACAGAUCACAGAGUUAUAAAGCAGGGAUUUAUUCAGUGGAACUCAUAAAUGACAGUUUAUAUGACUGGCAUGUUAAACUACAGAAGGUCGACCCUGAUAGUCCUUUGCACAGUGAUCUUCAGAUCUUAAAAGAAAAAGAAGGCAUAGAAUAUAUUUUGCUUAACUUCUCUUUUAAGGAUAAUUUUCCAUUUGAUCCUCCAUUUGUUCGAGUGGUGUUACCUGUUCUCUCAGGAGGGUAUGUGUUGGGUGGUGGAGCACUAUGUAUGGAACUUCUCACAAAACAGGGCUGGAGCAGUGCCUACUCAAUAGAAUCAGUCAUCAUGCAAAUCAAUGCUACCUUAGUCAAAGGCAAAGCCAGAGUACAGUUUGGAGCAAAUAAGAAUCAGUAUAAUCUAGCAAGAGCCCAACAAUCCUAUAAUUCCAUUGUACAGAUACAUGAGAAAAAUGGCUGGUACACCCCUCCAAAGGAAGAUGGCUAAAUAUGUUGACUGUCGUAUGUUUGGACCAAUGUUGCUUUAAAGAAAAUCUUUCCAACAUGCAGACACAAGCUUUGAGUGCCCCUAUAACAGCAGUACUGAAGACGUUAGCUAAUAGAUAUUUUAGUGGAUAAUCUGUCAACUGACAUCCAGUAUGAGUUACAGCCUUUUCGUUUUGCUCAUUUUAGGUAUUGUGGACUGAGCAGUGGGGCCUUUACUGUAUUUUUUGUGAUAAAUACACAUACUGGCCACUCAUGAUCUCUUUUUCUUGAAAAGUGAAAUCUGUUAAGCAGAAAGUCAGCAUCAGGUUACAGAAGUUGCGACUGUAGGGUAACUUUCCCACAUUGAGCUCGUGUGUUAUGAGGACUUGCAAUAUACUGUUCCAUUUAGAGCCAAUAAAAGUUUAAUUGAUGUUUAAUGUUGGUUUAGAAAAUUUAAGGUCUUCUAAAUCACAGUAGCUUUUUCAAGUUAAAACCAAUUUUUGAUAUUGCCAAAAUAAUGAUAGGAAGCCUACUCAUUAAAUUGUUAAACUUUUUUAUGGCUAGAUGAAGAUAUGAAUUGUUUCCUGAAGAUACACUCUUAACUGAGUUGUGCUUUUUAGGCAAAAGCAAAGCAAGGCUGUGCAAAUUAAGGCUUUGUAAGUAAUAAUUUCCACUGGGGCCUCAGAGUCUUGUUGGGCUGAAUCUGCUUCUUGUUGGUUCAGUAUUUCUUAUGAAGAACUGCAGUAUAGAGCUUGAAGUUAUUUAAAAUACUAAAUCAUUUUAUGUUUCCAUUUUAUUAACGGGAUGUUGCAAUCAUUUUUAAACUAAUAAACUUGUAAAGUGAUUGGCACAAAGAAUCCUUGAGCAAAAGCUGCACAGUGAAGUACAAAAAGAUACCUGAUUUGGAAACUCUUAAAAUUUUUGGUAUACUCAUAACGAUGGCUUUUACAUUGAAAAACUAGUAGGAACUCUAUAUAUGUUCACUGUUUUAUAAAACCUGACUCAAAUCAGUGUACUCUCCAUUUUCUUGCCUUACCUGAAUCAGUCCUAUUUGGUUGGUGAUAGACUUUCUUAUCUACCCAAGUUUGAUUUAAAAGUAAAUUCUAAUUAUUAAGCACUUUUAAAAUGAAAUCCAGAAGCACACUUUUCUGCACAAAUAAGUUACAAAAUUCGAAGGUGUUUCUUAUGCAUUUGCUCUAAGUUUCAAUUUUUAACUUUGUAAACCACACCAGAGAGACUUGGCACUUCGGCAUUAUUGCGUGUGUUUAAUUUCUUUUUCUAUUUUGGUUAAAAGGACAGUAGAAAAAGAUUUUCUGGCAUUCUUGUUUACUUGGUUACAUUUGUAUAAAGAUCUGAUUGCCAGUUGCUGAGAUAAUAAGUGACCAGGCAGAAUUCUUUAAAGCAUUAAAGUUCCUUAAACCUAAGGCUAAAUCUUGAAUACAUUAUUGAAUUCUUUAAUAUCCUGAUGGCUAGCAGAUUGACAGCUGCACAUUUGGCAUGCUUUGUUUUUUUGGGUUUUAUCUUUCAUUGCAGAUUUAUUUGGCAAUGUACAGUAAAUUUUGUAAACUUGCAUCAAGUUUAUGAAUAAAGAACCAUUUAAAAUAUAA